AUGACCGAGGUAUCGUCUACGCGCCUAUACCUAGGCAACCUUCCUCGCAAUGCCACCAAGGCAGAUGUCGAGGGCCACUUCCAGACGCAUGGCACUGGUGAGAUCACUGAGAUCAAGCUCAUGAACGGAUUUGGCUUCAUCGAGUACAAGGACGCAAUGGACGCUCGUGAUGUUGUCCCUGCAUUCCAUGGUUCCGACUUCAUGGGCGAGCGCCUCAUCGUCCAGUUCGCUCGCGGCUCGCGUGCCCGUAACGAGAACUUCACUCCCCACGAGCGCGUUCCCCCGCGUCCUAGGCGCACACCAUACCGGAUGAGAAUAGCGAAUCUUCCUGUGGAGACCAGCUGGCAGGACCUCAAAGACUUUGCCCGCCAGUCUGGAUUGGACGUCGUCUACUCUGAAGUUGGCCGCGAGCGUGAUGGCACUGGAUUCGUCGAGUAUGAGACGGCCGCCGACCUGAAGACCGCAGUGGAGAAGCUGGACCGUCGUGAGUUCAAGGGGCAGGAAGUUACCUGUGUCCAGGACGUCUCCGAUCCUCCCCCACCUCCACCUUUCAAACCGCGCGCUCCUUACGGAGGCCCUGGUGGUCCUGAUGACCGGGGCCGUGAUAGAUACCGAUCCCGCUCUCCCAUGGGCCGCCGCGGUGGCGGAUACCCACCUGCGCCCUACGAUGAUUACUACGACCGUCGCGGGCCACCUCGUGGCUACAGCCCUCGUCGCGAUGACUAUCGCCGACGCACACCUCCCCGCGAGUUCUACGACAGGCGUGAUGGAGGUUAUGGACGUUCGCCGCCUCGUGGUCGCAUGCCUGAUGAGUAUGGCCCACCGCGCGCGCGUUACCCUGACGAUCCUUAUGAUGCUAGGGCCCGACCACCUCCCCGCGGUUACGAUGACCCAUACAUGAACGGUCAUGGACGCCCUUACGAAGGAGGACGACCGCCGUCCCCACGUGGUGCCCGUCCCCGUAGCCCCGGAGGCCGUCCGCCUUACGACGCUGCGGCGGCUGAUUACCCACCACGUGGCCGCUACUAG